UAUCUAUCCUCUGUCUCUAACUCUCAUUAAUUCUCUUCUUCAGUUGUUUCUUUAUUUUCCUGAUUUGAUCUCGUCGGAUUGGGAAAGUGAAUCCCAGGAAACACCUUGGAGAUGUCUUAUAAAAUUGCCCAGAUUCUUCUUCUGAGUUCACAUCCUGAGGUUUAUGAACCCUGCGAUGAUUCAUUCGCAUUAGUCGAUGCACUUUUGUCGGAUCGAAAGCACUUGAUGGAACAUAAACCGGUAUUGUGCAUGGAAAUGGGUUGUGGAAGUGGUUAUGUUAUUACUUCUUUGAUGCUUAUGCUUGGGGAUGAAGCUAACGGGGCUCAGUUUAUUGCCACUGAUAUCAAUCCUCAUGCUAUCACAGUAACUCGGGAAACAAUGGAAGCGCAUGGAGUUCAUGCGGAUUUGAUAAAUACCGACAUUGCGUCAGGGUUAGAGAGUCGUUUGGCUGGCUCAAUCGAUCUUCUUGUUGUUAAUCCACCUUAUGUGCCAACGCCUGAAGAUGAAGUGGGUCGUGAAGGGAUUACCUCAGCUUGGGCAGGAGGAGAGAAUGGUCGAAGUGUGAUUGAUAAGAUUUUGCCUGUUGCGGACAAACUUUUGUCGGAACGGGGUUGGUUGUACAUGGUUACUCUUACAACAAAUAACCCGUCGCAGAUAUGCCGACAGAUGAUGAAGAAGGGUUAUGCUUCGAGAAUUUUUGUCCAACGAUCAACGGAGGAAGAGAGUUUACAUAUCAUAAAGUUCUGGAGGGAUAUUGAUAUGGAGGCGGAUGCAAACAAUGGUGUUACAAACAGAAAAGCUGCUCCUCCGGGCAUCGUGGACUCUGUCCGUUCGCAGAUCCAACGAUUGUCGUUCUGGGGAGGUAGUGACAUUAACAACGGCACCAUUUAAAUCUAUGAAAUCGAAGAGAAGUUUUUAACAGUCUAUUUUUUUAUCUGUCGUCUUCCUGGAAACGAUAUUUGAUAGUUUAAGCUGUUGAACUUAACU